AUGUACGGCUCGUCGCACCUUUUUGCGCUCUCCUCGGCCCUCCUCCCCUCGGCACUCCUCCCCGCCCUGCUCGACACUGCCGGCGUGUCGGCCCGCGAAGUCCCGGCCAACAUUCAGUGCCUGUACGACGCGCUCAGGGCCAACGGGACGUGCCGCCACCAGCUCGCCACGGGGUUCUUCGCCAAAGACGACGGGCCCAGCACCUUUUUCUACUGCGGCGACCACUUGGCCGACUUCGGGUAUGUCUACCUGAAGGGCCCCGACAGUGCGCUCGCCGACAUGGACGUCGAUUGCGACGGGGUGCAGCACGGGCCGGGCGACGACGGGCGGUGUGCCAGCAGCAACGAUACCCAGGCCGAAACCUCCUUCCAGGGUAUUGUUGCGGGUUACAACAAGGGCAUAACGGACCUCAAUCCGUUUGUCCACCCAUACGUGGUCUUCGGGAACCGCGGGAGCAAGCCCGGCUGGCCGACGUUCGACCCGCGCGAGUACGGCAUCGAGCCGCACGCUGUCGUCCCCGUCGUGUGCAACAACCAGCUGCACUUCGCCGUGUGGGGCGACGAGAACGGGGACGACGGCGACAAGCCCAUGAUCGGCGAGGCCUCCAUCAGCCUGGCCACCCUGUGCUUCGGCGACUCGGUCAACGGCAACAGCGGCCACGACGGCGCGGACGUGCUGUACAUGCCGUUCGCCGGACCCGACGCCGUGCCGGGCCCCGACGGCGCCGACUGGGCCGCCACCACCCCGCAGGCGUUUGAGGCGUCGCUCGAGGCGAUUGGCACGAGGCUUCUCCAGCGCAUCCCCUGA